GGGAAACAAAGCAUUCAUUCAUUCAUUUAUUCAUUCAAAGUCUCUCUUUUCACUUUGAGUUUGCAUCAUCAUCAUCAUCAUUAUCUAACUUCUACUUCUUCUUCUUCUUCUUCUUCUUCAAGUACAACACCACCACUGGCUUUGAUUGAUUAUAUAUGAAUGAAUCUCCAUGGAUUGUGUUUUUGCCUCCAUUGAGUCCUCUGUCUUCACCUGACACACUCUUCACAUUCAUUAUCUUAACCCAUUUUCCAUUUCACGUGCUCCCUUCUGACACUUCUUUUCUACUCUCUUUCUUUCUUUUUUUUCCUUUUCCCCUUUAAUCUUUUUCUUAUAAUUAUUGUCUCACUGAUUGCAAAAAAUAAUUUAAAAAAAAGGGUCUUGCUUCAGCUUCAGUAGGGAUAAUAGUAUUAUAGACAGUAGUAACUAUUACUUACUUGUGUUUUGUUCUUUUUGAAGGCUCUUCAAUGGUGUUCCUUCUUUUUGUUAACUUUACUCCACUGCUGAAGUAGUAGCUAUUGCAAGUUGAGACUUUUUUUUCUUUUUUUUCUGUUUUGAGUUUGAGUCAGAGUCUGGUACAGUGUUUUUAACUGCAUCAAUUGAGGUGGUUAUACUUGCACUCUUUGUGUUUGUGUAAUUGCCUCUGUGUGUGUGUGUGUGUGUGUGUGUGUGGCUGUGUGCUUAUUCAUGUUAUGGAGUCUUGGAGUUAUGUUUCUGAAGAGAAGGGUUAUGUCUCAAACGAUGCAAUUUCCCCUCCCAACACUCUUGGGAGGAACAGCAAAGGUUCCUUCUUGGGUUGGGAACUGAAAACCCCAGGUGGUUUUUCCCUUGAGAAUCAAGGUUUUGAGGAAUUGGGGUUCCCAGGGAUGAAACAAUUGCCCCAAGAUCCUAAUCCAAUUGGUAGUGUUCAUAGCAGAAAGAUUGAUAAUGACCCUGCUAUGGCUACCCCAAACGCAUUCUCUUCAAGAGAUGAUUUCAAUUCCAAGAUUUCAGACUCUUUGGGGGACUCUAAUGGUGGUGGCCGUGAUUCACUUAUUGACUUGAAGCUUGGUAGGUUUCCUGAUCAUGGUGAUGUUGGUGUGGCGGCGCCAGCAUUCUCCAAAGGGGCCCCUAUUUUGUCGUCAUCGGAGUCGUCCACGCCGCCGAAGAGGGUUCGAGCUUCUGGGAUUCACUCUCAGACAGCAUACUGCCAGGUCUAUGGAUGUAACAAGGAUCUGAGUGGUUGCAAGGACUACCAUAAGAGGCACAAAGUUUGUGAGGUUCAUUCCAAGACUUCCAAAGUUAUUGUCAAUGGUAUUGAACAAAGGUUUUGUCAGCAAUGUAGUAGGUUUCAUUUGCUGGCUGAAUUUGAUGAUGGUAAGCGUAGCUGUCGUAAACGCCUUGCAGGCCAUAACGAGCGGCGGAGAAAACCACAAGUUGGUAUUCACUCUGGAAAGCCUGGGAGGUUGCUUCAGCCAUAUGGUGAAAGCAGAUUCCAGGGAAACAUGCUAACAUCAGCAUCUUUCAUCUGCCAAGAGAUACUCCCGGCUGGGGCCUUAUCUUCUGAGAGAUAUGGAACAAGUGACUGGUGGAGACCUAUAAAAACCGAAGGCGGCGCUGGUUUUAGGCAUCUUUCUUCUGUUCCUAUCUCUAAUGGACACCCUCAGUCACGACCUCUGUUUCCUUCAUAUAAUGAGAAGCAAUUUCCCUUUCUUCAUGAAAAUAAUGAUGCUACAUCUGCUGGGGGUAGCAUCUUCUGUGAAAAUAAUAGCUCAUAUCCACCUGCCAUAGGAGGGCCGAACUCGGGGUCACAAUCAUUAUUCCAGGACACGUCCAUAGGAGGUGAGGACUUCAAUGUUUUCGAUACAGAAUCGGCUGUUCAAGGACUAUCGGGAAUUUCAGACUCUGGUUGUGCUCUCUCUCUUCUGUCAUCUCAAUCACAAAACUCUUCAAGCCAGUCAUCUGGAAUUCCCAUGGCUCGCUCAAUGGUCAUUCGGAGCAGCCAUAGCAGUAGCCAUUAUGCCAUGAGCCAGGUCUCUGAAAAGAUGAUAGGAAUAACUUCGCAAGCUUCGAGUGGAGUCUCCGAUAGGUUUCCAUCUGAGUUGAAUCCUGCAGAUGGAAGUCCUCUUAGCUCUGUGCUGAUAUCUGACACCAAUGACAUUGUCAACUUUGAAAUGGCAGAUGGAAUAUUCCAUGGUUCAGAUUUUGUGAAUGUGAAAGAUCGUCUCUCAUGUGAUGAUGUCCCGACUAUCGACUUGCUUCAACUGUCUUCGCAGCUUCAGCGAGUUGAGAGUGAGAGACAAUCCUUGCAGGUGAAGCAAGAAAAUGAUUCAUCAGUCUCUCUCCGGAUUACUUAAGUUCCUUUCAAGAAGGAAACAGUUGUGAUUGUGCAGCAUGUGAUCAAAGAGUCAAAGACACAGAAAGACAGCAAUGGCAGUACAAGUGCCUACCAUAACUCAACUAUUUAUUUGGACAGAAUAGUCCUUCUCAGUCUGAAAAUAUAUAUAUGUAACCAAUAACAAUGUGAAUAUGUAAUAAAUAAACCAAAGAAGCCUGAGAUGUAUCAAAUUAAAGUGUGCCUUCUCAAUCCAGGCACACUUGAAUUUCUUCAUGAUUAUUAGUUUCUGUAUGAAUCUAAUUUUUGCUCUUAGUAGUGACAUUAGGUGGACACAUAACGACACACAACAAUAGAUGUAAAAUUGGUUUUUAAUGAUAAGGUGUGUAUGUCUC